GGCAGCAUAUCCUCACUUGUGCUCCUACCGUUCGGAUUUACAGCAACAUCAGGAUCUGAGUGGUGCUGAAGACUUGGGUUUCCUCUCGGUGGAUGCCGGUUUUACCUUGCAAGAUGGACGUACGAGUGGCAAGCCUGCUCCUGUUCCUCGUGGCUUCUGCAGCUGCCCAUGGAAAGGGAUAUGUGGUGAAGAAAGUGAUGUCCUUCCCUGUGAAGAGCCAGAUGGGAGGUGAGCCUGGUCCUCCAGGUGAGCCCGGUCCUGAGGGACCCGCUGGCCCCCCUGGUGCUCCUGGUCAGGAUGGCGUCGGUUACUCUGGACCUCAAGGACCCCCCGGACCUCCCGGACCUGCUGGCAGAUCUGUUGCUGGAAAGCCCGGAUCCCCCGGUGGACCCGGCAAACCCGGAUAUGCUGGAGCACCUGGUGAGAAGGGAGAAACUGGAGCAACUGGCCCUAUGGGACCCCGUGGAUCCCCUGGAUCUUCUGGAAGCCCAGGACCUGCUGGUCUGUCUGCUACUGGCAAGCCUGGACCUUCUGGGCUUCCAGGAGCAAUGGGACCCAGAGGAGAGUCUGGUCUGAAGGGACAUCCUGGUGUGCCCGGUCUGCCAGGUCAGAAAGGUGAUAGAGGGGUAGGAAUGCAAGGACCUCAGGGUGCAACAGGAGCUCAGGGCCCCAUGGGCGCCCCUGGUAGCCCAGGUGCAUCUGGAGUAGGAAAGCCAGGAAGACCAGGGUCCCCCGGUGAGUCAGGAAAGUCAGGUAUGCCAGGUAGCGAUGGUGCCUCUGGUCCCAUGGGACCAAUGGGACCUAAGGGACACACUGGUGCCCCCGGUGUUGGUCUUCCAGGAAAAUCAGGCGAGAAUGGUGCCCCAGGUCUGCCCGGUUCCAUGGGUCCUAAAGGCCACCAGGGACCAUCUGGUGCCCCCGGUGCCCCCGGUGUCCCAGGAUAUGGCAAACCAGGUGCAAAUGGAGAGAAGGGAGAGAGGGGAGCCACAGGUAGCACAGGUGCCACAGGUGCAAAGGGUGAGCAAGGUCCCACAGGAUACACUGGUGCUACCGGUGCCACUGGCGCCACUGGCUCUGCUGGACCCCAGGGCGCAAGAGGCUUCCCAGGUGAAUCUGGUGCCGCUGGUCAGAAAGGUGACUCAGGUCCAUCUGGGCCUCAAGGGCCUAAGGGACACAAGGGAGAUCAGGGAGCACAGGGUUUCCAAGGCAAACAGGGUUAUCCCGGCGCCGCUGGUCCUCCUGGACCCAGAGGAGCCACUGGACCUGGAGGUGACAAGGGUAAUGUAGGUGCCCCAGGUACCCCAGGUUCCCCAGGUAUUCCCGGCCCUGCUGGACCCAAAGGUCACCCUGGCCGUCCCGGUGAAUCAGGCACCCCUGGAUCCGAUGGUGCUUCCGGUUCCAGAGGACCCACUGGGCCACAAGGUCCCUCUGGUGCUCCUGGCCUUAAGGGACACCCAGGUCUCCCUGGACCUGCUGGCCCUGCCGGUUUGUCUGCUAAGGGUAUGCCUGGACCCCAGGGUCCCACUGGUCAGCCUGGUGAGCCUGGUUCUGAUGGAGCAUCUGGCCCAGUUGGUCCCCCCGGCCCCCCUGGACCUCCCGGUGAGAUGGUCUAUGAGAAGGGCAUGGGCAUGGGAAUGGGUGAGAUCAUGGUCAAGGCCCCCAUGUCUGCUUUCACUGCAGCUCUGGCCACUCCCUACCCCGCUUCUGGCAGCCCCAUCAGGUUUGACCAGAUUGUGUACAACGCUGAGAGCCACUACGACCCUGAGUCCGGCAUCUUCACCUGCCAGGUUCCCGGCGUUUACUACUUCUCCUACAGCAUCCAUGUCAAUGGAGCUAAUGCCCUGGUGGCUCUGUACAAGAAUGGCCAGCCUGUUAUGUUCACUUAUGAUGAGUACAACAAGGGCUUCCUGGACCAGAUGUCUGGUAGCGCUGUCCUCUUGCUCGACGAGCAGGACACAGUCUACGUCCAGAUCCCCGAUGAGGAGGCCAAUGGCGUCUUCGCUGCCGAGAAUGUCCACUGCUCUUUCUCUGGGUUCCUCAUUGCUUCAACGUGAUACGUUGAUCCAGUAAAUUCCCAAAAGCCAACCAACUAAUUUUGCAAUCUAUUUCUCAAAGUAAACUCCCUGUUCAUUGUCCACAACCCAACAGACAGGCAGUUCAAUCUUCUUUGAGGAGUAGUAGCAUCUCGACUUGAAAAUGGCAAGAAAUAGGUGCUUAGAAGAAGGAAAACUAAUUUAUAAAAACAGGUGAUCAGGGAUGGGGGAAGCAAUCAAUAAUGUUCCAGUGAGGUUUUUGUAUUGGAGACAGCAUGUGAAAUUGAGGUGUUAUAACUUUGUUGUGUCCUGACUUUCUUCCUUUUCCACAUUGUUCCUUUUAUACUGAUUUAAACUGGUGACUCACUCAAUGUUUGUUUUUUGUUUUUUUUGUUUAGUUUUUGUUUUUGUACAACCUCAUUUUUAUUUGGGUGACCAAUAUUCUUACUAAAAGUACACCAGUUCUUUUCUAUGCAACAUUAUGCAACUAAAUGUGACUUGAAUAUAUUGUGAAAUGAUGAUGGUCAAACCAACCAUUGUAAUGAAAUAAGUCACCUGAAUACUGUUAAACAAGCACACACUUCAACCACAACAUUGUUAUAUCCCUGGACACAAAUGGUGUCAUGUAAAGCAUAAUGACCUAAAUAAAAGAUGUCUAAAUGAA